AUAAGGUCUUUUUCGUCUUCCAUAAGAUGCGUCCGUUUUGCAUAAAGUUUUGUACGUUAGUUAUAGUCGUACGUAAGUUUGCUGAUGCCCAUCUGGCACAAGUCCCAGCUUACAAAAGUAGCGCUGAACCAGAAUACAACAUCGAAGAUGGGCAGAGUUCUGAUUACGGGGGCAUCGGGUCUUUUGGGCCGCGCACUGAUACAGGAGUUCCAGGGCACAACAGGCUGGGAGGUACUUGGACUGGCUUUCUCACGUUCAGGGGGGAAACUAAAGAAGGUGGACCUGCGCGACCAGGAGACUGUGAAGAAGACUGUACAAGAAUUCAAGCCUGACGUUGUCAUCCACUCUGCUGUCAAGAAGAGUGAGGCGGCAUGUGUUCUUAACGUGGAGCUUGCAAUAACGGUGGCCCAGGCUGCAGCUGAUGUCGGUGCCUUUCUGGUGUACGUCAGCACCGACUAUGUGUUUGACGGGAGGUCUCCACCCUACAAAGUGACGGAUCGUCCAAAUCCCCUCAACAAAUACGGAAUCAGUAAGCUUGCGGGAGAGAUGAUGGCUUUGGAGAUCGCCAAAGAUGGUGCUGUCUUGAGAGUCCCAAUGCUUUACGGACCUGUAGAGACGGUUGACGAGAGUGCAGUGACUGUUCUUUUCCGAGCCGUACAGAACUCAGAAAAGACAGCCAACUUGUCAGACUACGAGAGGAGGUACCCGACACACGUGGGUGACAUCGCUGCCGUCUGCAGGCAGCUGUCAGAGAAAAGGCUACUGGACUCGUCCCUGCACGGUGUGUUUCACUGGAGCGCUGACGAGGAGAUGACAAAAUAUAUGAUGGCCGUCACUAUGGCAGAGGUGUUAAAGCUUCCCUCUGCACACCUGGUGGCUGAUAAGGAGCCCUUCGGGGCAACCCAGCGUCCUUACGAUGCACACCUUGAUACAAACUAG